AUUUGUGCAUAGCAAAAUCGUUAAAUAAAAAUUCAGAAUUUUUAAAGUGAUUUUAUUUCUAGUAAAGAAAUAUGUAAAAUAUAAGUGUUAACGAAGUUUAUAAUUUUCUCCUAUAUCAGACUACCAGGCGCAAGUUCAAGGCGAAACUGGAGGGUUUGGCAGAGUUCACAAGGCCAAGAGAUGAAAUGAACGUCUCCUCGUACCCAUUCAGUUUGUGCCUGGUGAAAAUAAUACAACCAACGACGUCGGUCAAAUGGCUUCUGGCGAUGCUAUCAACUCCAUUGACCAGGAUCUAUCAAGCACAUCCAAUACUAAAACAGCAGAAAAUUCAAAUUUUAUUAAAGAUGAUCCAAAUCUUCAAUCAUCCAGUUCAGAUAUUAACCAGCACCGCCAAUCCCGAUAUGGAAAUAAAGGGGACAAGGAGCGUAAGAUUGGUCAUCGGCGCGUUGGAGAAGGCGGUGAGAUCACCUAUAAAAAAAUUCAAACUAGUCAGAUAAUGGGCUCUAUUCAGUUGGGCAUUCAGCAUACUGUCGGAAGCCUGGCAUCUAAACCAAAACGUGAUCUUUUAAUGAUGGAUUUUUUCGAAAUCGAAAGUAUAACUUUCCCCCCUGAAGGAUCUAGCCUUACGCCAGCCCACCACUACAGUGAAUUCAGAUAUAAAAUUUAUGCGCCUAUUGCAUUCCGAUAUUUUAGGGACUUGUUUGGCAUACAACCGGAUGACUUUAUGAUGUCCAUGUGCUCAGCACCCUUGCGAGAGUUAUCCAAUCCGGGAGCAUCUGGUUCUAUUUUUUAUUUAACAGCUGAUGAUGAAUUCAUUGUAAAAACUGUCCAACACAAAGAGGGAGAGUUUUUACAAAAGCUUUUGCCAGGCUACUACAUGAACUUGAAUCAAAAUCCGCGAACGUUGUUGCCAAAAUUUUUUGGUCUUUACUGCCUACAGACGAGCACUAGUAAAAAUAUUCGAUUGGUGGUUAUGAAUAAUUUAUUGCCUUCAUCCGUUAAAAUGCAUUUGAAAUAUGAUCUCAAGGGCUCUACAUUUAAACGAAAAGCUUCAAAAGGCGAACGUUCUAAAAAAUCGCCAACCUACAAAGAUCUCGACUUUAUGGAACAGCAUCCGAACGGCAUAUUUUUAGAAGCUGAAACGUAUAGCGCACUAAUUAAAACAAUUCAGCGCGACUGCACGGUGCUGGAAUCAUUUAAGAUAAUGGAUUAUUCGCUGCUACUCGGUGUCCAUAACUUAGACCAGGCGAGUAAAGAGAAGAAAAUCGAACGCAAAAAAUCAAAAAUUCCCUUGGACGGAGAUUCCGAUGUUGAAGACAUACAAGACGGUGAUGGCGGAGCGGCGGGAGAACGAGAUUCUUCUGCGGGCGUAAAUCGUAAUCGGUCAGCAAAUCGACAACGUUUAGUGGCACACUCUACAGCUAUGGAAAGCAUUCAAGCAGAGAGCGAACCAAUUGAUGACGAAGACGAUGUUCCGCCCGGUGGAAUUCCUGCCAGAAGUGAAAAAGGCGAGCGACUACUUCUGUACAUCGGUAUUAUUGAUAUUUUGCAGUCUUACAGAUUAAAAAAGAAGCUUGAGCAUACUUUCAAGAGUAUCAUCCACGAUGGGGACACUGUAUCAGUGUGCCGACCAUCGUUUUACGCUCAAAGGUUCCAAAAUUUUAUGGCCAAAACCGUGUUUAGGAAAAUACCGUCAUUGGAUCUGCCUGAAAUAAAAGGAAAUCAUAGAAAAUUUCGUACGUUGGUAACGAGUUAUAUUGCACUCAAGCACUCUCCCUCAAAGAGAAAAAGCUUGUCAAAGGCAAUACAACGGUCCAUUGAUAAUGAGAAUGAGAAUCGAUCGGAGUCCGCCUUCGAUCAUCGCCAAACACAUGCUUUUCCUUCACAUACUUCUCACACUUCCGGCGCCAAGACGCACAUACAAGUUAGCAAACCAUCACUUGGGCUGCUGUCUUCUAGUGCAGAUAUGGCCACAUCAGCUAUAUCGACUGCUUCCACAACCACUGCAGCGCGCAUGGCGGGUCCGCGGUUGUCUGUUCAGCAUUCGGGUGGUGGAGCAGGAAAACCCAAGGUCCCUCCGCCAGUGCCACCAAGAGGUUCGCCUCGACGCAAGAAAAGUGAUGGGCACGACGAGGUGGCCCGUGCAAUUUCCAAUACAGGCUCAACACCUUCAUGCAGCUCAACGCCUCCACCCGCGUUUGAUGAUAUAUCAGAAGACAGUACGAAUAGAAAUAGUUCGUCGUUUGGUAGAAAAUCUCAUCACUAUCACGAGCGUAAAAUGAAUGUUGGUCCAGCAUUUCGAGGCUCCCAAAAGGACGAUAUUGUCAGCAUUUCUGAAAUACACUUAGACACAUAUUUGGCUGUAGAUACAUCAUCCAGUAGUCAAUAUGGAUCACGUGGAGGCUUGGCAUGGACACCACCUGCUUCUGGCGAGGGUUCAACGCCCACUUGGACAGAGGGAACACCAAGUUUUACAGAUUCCAGCUCUAGUGGUGACAUUGAGAGCUUUUCACCCAUUAACACAUCAAAAAUUGACCGACAUAAAGCAACUAUUGAAGACACACUCAACUCUCUUUCCUCGGAGAUGGUUCGAUACUAAAUAAUACAUAUUGAGUUGAAAGGGGCAAAGAGUAAACCAAACAGAGCCAACCACCAGAUCUCAGCAAGCGCAAAUUCACAUCUCAAAACAAAAUAAUGAAUGUAUGCAUAUACUUAUGUAUGUGCAUUAGUAUUUAUGUACAUAAGUUACGAGAGCUAAUACAUUUAUUAUGAGUACAUAAACUUGGGGAUUAUUUACAAUCUUACCUAUCAGUGUUAAUAAAAUAUUAAGGUUGAUUAUUCCAUUUCAAAAAUCGUGAGAUAUUAAUUCAUAGGUGCAUACUACAUACAUAUAUCCAAAUUAUACACGACAUUUUGUGAACUGACGAAGUUAGGGUUGGAAAUCCAUAUAUAAGUACGUUUAUACAUAUUAGGUACACUACUAAAAAUUGCAUACAUAAAUGUACAUACAUAAAGGCGUGUGUGCUACCUAUUAUUAUUAUACUCGUAAUACUACAUAUUUGCCUAACGCCUAUUCUCUUAUUAUUAUCUAUUAUCUAUUACCUGUUAUUUUUUCUAUUUAUAUUUUUCUUUAUUAAAAAAUACUUCGAAAAAUUUACAUACGUAUAUAUGCAAUUAAAUUACAGGAAGCAUAUGUAAUAUACACUAAAAGAAAGCAUGGAAAUACUCGUGCGACCGUGAAAAGCCACACCAUUGAUGUACACACACACACACAUGUAUAUAUUCCAUACCACAUAGUCAUAAUGCAAUAUUUAUUUAGUUACGAAUAGAUAUACUUAAAUACAGUAAACUUGCAUACACUUCUGCAUUUAAUUAAAAGCUUCUUUAAAAGCCUGAAUACGUAUGUAUGUCUAGUAGUACACGCAUGCAUACAUACAUACAUACAUAUACUCUUAAAACAAUUAAUGAACUGUUUUGAUUAUCUUAAGGGCAUAAGGAAAACGAGCAAUACCUACUUGAAUAACCAACAAAAAUUAAAUAUUGAAUUCAACUCACAUUGUACCAUAACUUGAAAAUUCAUUAUAUUGUAUUGUAUUUCAUUUACUUAUAAUUAAAUAAUCAAUGUGUAUACAGAAAAUCUUCAAAUUCAUGAUUGUGUUUAAUCCUACGUAAAAAAUUAGCUAUUGUUAAAACAUAUAUAAGUGUUUACAUAUGAAUAUAUAUGUAAAUGCCUGAAUUACUAAAUAAUAGA